ACUGUCCCCGCGUGGGCAGACUGCGACCGCGCCACGGAUGCCUCGGCCCAGCGACCGGCGCAGGCAGCGGACCGGGCAGCCCGGCGCGUAUCGUUACGUCACCGCGCCGCACCGGAGGAAGGCCCCGCCCCCGUUGCGUGGGCCGCGCGGGCCGCUGGGGAGGCCAGACAUGGCGCGUGAGCUGCGGGCGCUUCUCCUGUGGGGCCGCCGUCUGAGCGCGCCGACGCUGGCUGCUUCCUCGCGAGGAAAACCGGUUCUGUGUUCUUGGAGGCCCCUGUCCCUGUCCGGAAUCCCCAGGCGAAACCUGGCUGCAGGCUUCUGCGCAGGACGGCCCUUGAGCUCACGGGCUGCUGAGGACAAGACGGAGGAGCCCUUGCGCUCCAUCAGCAGCGGCUCCGAGGCCGUGCAGGGUUCCGUUUCCAAACACGAGUUCCAGGCUGAGACAAAGAAGCUUCUGGACAUUGUUGCCCGUUCCCUGUACUCAGAAAAAGAGGUGUUUAUACGGGAGCUGAUCUCCAAUGCCAGCGACGCCUUGGAGAAACUGCGUCAUAAGCUGGUGUCUGAAGGCCAAACGCUGCCGGAAAUGGAGAUUCACUUGCAGACCGACGCUGAGAAAGGCACCAUCACGGUCCAGGACACUGGCAUUGGGAUGACACAGGAAGAACUGGUGUCCAACCUGGGAACGAUUGCUAGGUCAGGGUCAAAGGCCUUUCUGGACGCGCUGCAGGACCAGGCGGAGGCAAGCGGCAAGAUCAUUGGUCAGUUCGGAGUAGGUUUCUACUCGGCGUUCAUGGUGGCCGACAGGGUCGAGGUCUAUUCCCGCUCGGCAGCCACGGGCAGCCCCGGUUACCAGUGGCUUUCCGAUGGCUCUGGGGUAUUUGAAGUCGCGGAGGCCUCUGGAGUUAGAACCGGGACCAAAAUCAUCGUCCACCUCAAGCCAGACAGCAGGGAGUUUGCUAGCGAGGCCCGGGUCCGAGAUGUAGUGACAAAGUACAGUAACUUCAUCAGCUUCCCCUUGUACCUCAACGGAAGGCGCACCAACACCCUGCAGGCCAUCUGGAUGAUGGAUGCUAAGGAUGUGGGCGAGCAGCAGGACGAGGAAUUCUACCGCUAUAUCGCUCAGGCCCACGAUAAGCCCCGCUACACCCUGCGCUACAGGACGGAUGCACCGCUGAACAUCCGCAGCGUCUUCUAUGUGCCAGAGACGAAACCGUCCUUGUUUGACGUGAGCCGCGAGCUGGGCUCUGGCGUUGCGCUGUACAGCCGAAAAGUCCUCAUCCAGACCAAGACCACUGACGUCCUGCCUACGUGGCUGCGCUUCAUUCGCGGUGUGGUGGACAGCGAGGACAUCCCCCUGAACCUCAGCCGGGAGCUCCUCCAGGAGAGCGCGCUGAUCAGGAAACUCCGGGACCUUAUACAGCAGAGGCUGAUAAAAUUCUUCAUUGACCAGAGUAAAAAAGAUGCUGAGAAAUAUGCCAAGUUUUUUGAAGACUAUGGCUUGUUCAUGAGGGAAGGCAUCGUGACCGCUGCUGAACAGGAGGUCAAGGAGGGGAUUGCGAAGCUGCUGCGGUAUGAGUCCUCAGCCCUACCUGCCGGGCAGCUGACCAGCCUCCAGGACUAUGCUGGCCGGAUGCGGGCUGGCACUCGCAGCAUCUACUACCUGUGCGCCCCCAGCCGCCACCUGGCUGAGCAUUCGCCCUACUAUGAGGCCAUGAAGCAGAAAAACACGGAGGUCCUCUUCUGCUACGAGCGGUUCGAUGAGCUGACCCUGCUCCACCUUCGCGAGUUCGACAAGAAGAAGCUGAUCUCUGUGGAAACAGACAUCGUGGUCGACCACUACAAGGAGGAGGGGUCUGGAGAUGGGUCCCCAGCCGGUGACCGCCUGUCAGAGAAGGAGGUGGAGGACCUGAUGGCCUGGAUGAGAAAUGCGCUGGGGACACGUGUCACCAACGUGAAGGUGACUCUUCGACUGGACACCCACCCUGCCAUGAUAACCGUGCUGGAGAUGGGGGCUGCCCGGCACUUCCUGCGCAUGCAGCAGCUGGCCAAGUCCCAGGAGGAGCGUGCCCAGCUCCUGCAGCCCACGCUGGAGAUCAAUCCCCGGCACACGCUGAUCAAGAAGCUCAGUCAGCUGAGAGACAGCGAGCCUGACCUGGCCCAGCUGCUUGCGGAGCAGAUCUACGAGAACGCCAUGAUCGCAGCAGGGCUCCUGGAUGACCCCCGCCCCAUGGUGGGCCGCUUGAACCACCUGCUCGUCAAGGCCUUGGAGCGGCACUGAGGGGCCUGCGGUGACAGGGCAGAAGGCGCUACAUGAACCCCACACCCCUCUGCUGUGUGAAGAGGCAGCCUGAGCCUAGGGAUGGGAUGUCACUGCUGAGAACACCCACUUUAUUUUUUUUUAGGCGACGCUGGAAAACAAACAUUUACAGAUGAGGUGUAUUGACAUGAAUGUGUACAAAUGAAGGCAAAACUGAUCUCUGGCAGGCAGGAAUUCCCGUCUGCUUUGUUUAUGAGCAGUUGAGCCUCUACAGGACGGGACAAUUUGCAUUUCUAUAGACAAGAACUAUCUUGCUUUGCUGUUUGUUAGUGACCUACAACUUACAGUCAUGAAAUAACUCACAGACGACGAAAAACCAGAAUCAGGAAACUUCUAGAAGGCUAUACUGGAUGUAGGCGAUGUGCUGUUCCCACCGAAGCAUGAAUUUUCCUGCAGUGCCCAGAGGGAAAUGAGAUCAGAAAGUUCUAUAUCAUCGUGGUGCUGGUGGGGACUUGGCUGUGUACAUUUGUUACGACUCACUGAACUGUACCAUUAAAAUAGGUGAGUUUCUUGUAUAUAUCAAAUACACCUCAGUUGAUUUUUUUUCCUAUA